AUGGAAUCAACCACAUAUACCGUUCGGGCAGAGGUCAGCUUUGAAGGCGUCUAUCCCCUGUCGCCCAGUGACCUGUUGAUUCCACCACGGGCUAUUCGACAAGCGUUCAUUUACCGGAAUGACAAUCAGGUCGAAACCAAAGAGCACACCUUGAUCGCGGCUCUGCAAGAAAGCCUAAAAACAUUUUUGAAACCCCUCGACAAAGACAAAGAACCGACAGAAACAGCAUAUCCCCAGCUGCUGGGUAGAGUCGUGCGGCCCAAGGACGGGAGUCCACCGCAUGUAGCGGUUGACGAGUCUUCUAGCAUCCCAUUCACCGUCGUUCGUAGACCAGACAUCAUCUUUGCAGACUUAUCUCCUGCACAACGCUUUCCGGAAGAGAGAAUCCAGAAGACUAAUUUUGCGAUUGGACUCGACGACAGUGAUUUGCUUAGUAAGCAUAAUUUCGCGGUGCAGUUGACCUUUAUCGAGGGAGGAUAUGUGCUUGUGGUGCAGAUUCAUCAUGCCAUUACGGAUGGGUAUGGAUACGCUGGGUUCGUGCGGCAGUGGCUUCAGAUGACAAAGGCGUUGAUCGCUGAUGGUCUUUAUGAAGAAGCGGUUCCGCAAAUGAGCAUUCAUGACAAGUCCGAGCUAUUGAGAGACAUCGAUGAAUCGCCUACUGCGGUAGAGGAACUCAACGGCUUGAAGACUUGGGAGGCCCUGUACAAAGAAGCAUCGACGACAGCAAAAGCAAACAAGAAUCCCUUAAUGGGAAACAAUGGGAUCCAAAGCAAGAUCUUUUGGUUGUCGCCUGAGAGCCUAGAGAGUCUCCGAGCGAAAAUGCACAGUCAUACUGAGGAUCGACCAACGAUCUUUGAGUCUGUCAUGGCACAUGCAUGGCAAUGUCUCGCGCGUGCACGAGCCGACUCUAACACAGUUGUUGAGACGACAAUAAGCAACGGGUUCUUUGCCGCCGAUAUACGCAAUCGUCUGGUCCCUCGGUUGGCGACCGAUUAUUUCGGCAAUGCCGUCACUCCAGUCGUGGCGAGGGUACCUCUGUCGACCUUACUGCUUCAACAGCACAGAGAUAUCAUCAAGCCAAUUCAAAGCACAUUGAGAACGGACACUACCGACCGCAACCUCCGCGCAAUCAACGCGCUCAUUUUCCGUCAAACGAAAGCCGGCAUUUUCCCGCCUGGCAACCUGUUGGAGCAGGAUGUCUUUUUCAAUUCGUGGGAGCAUCUCUACCCCAGCCUUGAGGCAAUGGAGAUUGGGGUGGGCAAGUUUUGCAUCAUGAGAAAUCUCAUGGAUUCGCCGAUCACGCCGUCGUACGUUUUGGUGAUGCCGUCGUAUGGGAUGCGGCAGACAUCGUCCUCAGACGGUGCUUCAUAUCGCUACCCCGGAGGUAUUGAAUUGAAGGUCCAUCUCCUCCAACACCAGAUGGAGAGGCUAGUGGAAGACGACGAAUGGCUGCAUUAUGUUUCUAUUUAG